GCAACAGCAGCAGAAAGCAACAUACACGAAUCCUCCGCUAGCAGUCUCAUCCAUCUUGUUCUGGAGUAAAGACGUUCAAUAUACUCGUAUAGAGAGACUCUCGCGGUGUAUGAAAUCGACAAUUAAACAACAAACACAAAUUUUUUAGAAGAUUAAUUCCGUAGAACGGCGAUCUACAUAUAUACAAACGGGUCAAGAGGUCUAGCCAGAUUGGGAGGGGAGGAGAGAAUCUCCAGAUCGCUAUCCCAUCGAUACGAUCGACCCAACCAACCAACCGAUCUUCGAGUAGUUGUUGUUGUGCGCGUGUGUUUGAAAAAAAAAACCGAAAACCGAAUAUCGAAAACCGAAAAACUAGAGACUGAAAUCCGAUGCCAGCGGUUUAUAGUAUCUACAAAAUCCUGCUGGAAAACCGAGCUGCAAUGGAAACCCCCGCACGCACGCAUAUGUGCGCCUAGUGGGUUAUUCCGAAUUCCGAGUUUUCCGUGUUUUUCGGAGCUGCCUGCUCUAAACAGUUGGUAAUCCGCCGCCCAAGCGAAUGCAACGUGUCCCUAGAAACCCGUGAUUUGUGAACUGUGAACCGAACAGAUUAUUGAUAAAACAAAGUGUCCAUUUAGCUCCCGCCAAAGAAUUGUGAAAUUCCAAUUAUUGAGUGACCGAUCGAUCGAUCAAUCGGCAAAAUGACCUCCCUCGUCUACACCGUCUUCCACCUGGCGACGCUCCAAUGUUCCGUGCGACCGGAGAUCUCGCCCUGCACCUGCGAAACGGGCAAGGCCUGGAACCAUGUGGAGCUCUCCUGCGAGAAACUGGAAUCCUUCAAUGCCGUCGUCGACAGCCUGGCCAAUAAGCUCGGAACGGAGACCAUGAUAGACCUCAAGAUCACCUACUCUCACCUCGACGACCUGGAAAUGCGAUCGUUUACGGAUAUGAACUUCAAUUUGUACAAGCUACGGAUGCAGUGGAACGGCCUAAAAUCGCUGCCCGAGGUGCCGUUCCGCGGGUUAUCGAAUGUCACCUACCUAAGCAUCGGCGACAACGAACUCGACGAGAUCCCGAAGCACGCUUUGAGCCACAUGCCGAGCCUGAGGACCCUGGACAUCGGGCGGUGCAACAUACGGGCGGUGCAGCAGGAGGACUUCCGGGGCAUCCAGCGGGUGACGAAUCUGAUCCUGGUGAGCAACAUCCUGCAGCGCCUGGACAAGGGAUCCUUCCCGAAGAGCCUGCUCAUCCUGCAUCUGGGUAGAAAUCAGUUGGAGUCGCUGAAUGGAUCGCUUCACGAUCUGGACAACCUGGAGUCGCUGUUCAUCAAUGCGAAUAAUAUCACUUCGCUGGACGGGGAGUUGCCCGAUAACAGUCAGUUGCGUCUGCUGAUGGCCCACAAUAAUCGGUUGGAGCGACUGCCCGCCAACAUGGCCGGAAUGCACAGCCUGGAGACGGUGCACAUCCACUGCAACCAACUGCGAUCCUUCGAUCGCGUCCUCCGCAACGCCGUCAACCUGUCCGAGGUCAUGGCCGAGAACAAUGAGCUGGAGUACCUGGCCAAGGAUGAGUUCGCCUCCUGCUCCAAGGUGGAGACCCUGCAGAUGGGCUGUAACCACAUCAAGUCGCUCAAUUCCUCGCUGCUGCCCAUUCUCAAGCUGAAGGUGGCCAACUUCUCGUUCAACGACAUCGAGGAGUUCUCGAUGGCCGAACUGCAUGGUCUGCGUUCGCUGAAGACCCUCCAGCUGUCCAACAAUCGCAUCCAACGCCUGCUGCCCGAUCCCCGGGGAGUUCAGGAUCUGAUCCUCAUCAAUCUGGACCUGGAUAACAACAGAAUCGAUUCCCUGAACGGGGCUCUGGCCGGUCUGGCGAAUCUCCGGAUACUCAAUCUGGCCGGGAACCGAUUGGAGCACCUGCAGGUGGGCGAUUUCGACGGCAUGAUCCGCUUGGACAUCCUCGACCUCACCGGAAAUCAGCUGGCGGAGCUGAAGCCUCUGGAAAUGACCUUAUUACCCAGCCUGAAGAUCCUCAAGGUGGCGUAUAAUAAUAUCACCAAACUUGAGCAGGACUUCAAGGGGCUGCCCGUGCUGUGCCAGGCCAACUUGACCAACAACCAGAUCUCGACCAUCUCAAGCGAACUCGUCACCAACACGCGCUGCAAGAAUCACAAUGUUCCCGGCAAACUGGAGAUACAUCUAGAUGACAAUCCCAUAAUGUGUGAUGUGCGCCUGAACGAAUUGUGUCGCCUGAUGGCGGUCCAGGAGGCCCGAAUCCGCGGACGCUCCCAGUGCUUCGAGAACGACCAGGAGGUGUGCACGGUACUCCCAAUGCUGUACAAGGUGGACCUGCCCAUUAUGGUGACCAAUCUGAAGUUGGGUGGUCGCGAGGACGCCAAACCGGUGAUGCAGAUGCUGGUGCCCUCGCUGAUCAAGGCGAAUGACGAGCUGCUGCCGCCAAUCAUUGCCACGCUGGGCAAUCCAGUGCUCAUUGGCACCACGCUGGUCAGUCCGGUGCUGUCGCCGCUGCCACCACCACUCUUGCUGAGCACCACCACCACCCAGGCACCACCGCUGCCACCUCCCGUGGAGCCGGAAGUGGAGAAGAACGAGUCCACGACAGCGUUUCCGGUGACCACCAGCAGCACAGAGGAAACCACGACCACUACGACCACCACAGAGACGAGCAGCAGUCAGGUGGCUGCCACCGAGGUGAUAACCACCACUGCACCCACCACCACGACCACCAGCACCACGACGCCGAAGCCCAAUGAGACGCUGCCCGUGAUUGUGGAGCUCCAGGAGCCCAAUCCGCCGGCCACUCCGCUCAACCAGACGGAGGAUGGCGUGGCUCAGGAUGAGUCGGCUGCCCUGGUUCCGCCAGAGGUUCAGGAUCCCUCCCUGCAGCAGGAGCUGGAAAGGGAGAGGGAGCGGGAAAGGGAGAGGGAGCUGGAAAGGGAGCGUGAUCUGGACCACGAGGCGGUGGCCAAGACCGAGUACGAGACGGUCGAGUAUAUACCCAAUCUGGUGCAGCCGCCGGUGGUGGGCAGUGAUGCACUCACUCACUCGCCGCCCAGCAAGGCGAACGCCUUGGAGGAGGACUCCGAGUCCGUGCACUCCAACUCCGUGCACGCCGAGUAUCCGCACGCGGCGCAGAGCCUGCAGAUACCGGAGGAACCGCCGGAGGAGUGAGUCCCCUAGGCUCCUCGGGGGGAGGGGAUUCCCCCAAAGCAAACAUAUUAUUUUACUGUAAAUCGCUGACGGUGGACGGAGGAGGCGGAAUCGAUGGAGACCGGAAGGAGCGGAGGGAGCGAGCUUCGUAUGAUUUGUAUGCCUUAAGUUAACUUAGUUAUUAUGUUUUAUUUAAGCCAUCGCUAAAUCGAAAAGUUUGUUGCACCGGACGCUUUUUUGUUGAGUUUUUUCCAGGGACCGUAAAUAAUCGUUAUUUGAGAUUUUUAUUUUAAAGGGCCUACUGGGAUUUGUACAAGUUUAAAUCAACAAUUUAACUGGUUUUUUAAUUUAAUUUGUUAAUUUGCAUGCAUAUACUUUGUGGACAAGAGUAAAAAGAACGUUU